GGUGUGUUGUUCACAGAGUCACUGGCUUCAGGACACUGGACUGAGUAGGAGGAGGCCUGGGAGGCCGCUGCCUGCGGUGCAGGGUGUGUCUGAGGCCCCUGCAUCCCCAACAGACCGAGAUCGGGGUCCCCCUGCCUCCCGGACGCCUCUCCGCUCUCAGCGUUCCCGCAGCCUGACCCCCCUGAACCCUCCAGCCUGGGGGCCGGUGCCGCUCAGGUCCUGCCGCCCAGGUCCCAGCGUCCGGAAUGACGCAGCCAAAGCCUCACACUCUCUCCAUCAUCAAAAUACCAGUGGCCUGCGCCAGCAGUUUCGUAUCACAAAGGAACAGGCUUGACAAAUUGUUAAACUCUGUCCUCAAUGCCCUCUAACUACAUUCAUUCCUCCCACAGAAGGAGUCAAUCCGCGAGGCUCCAAAUCAGGCCAACUGUGGCAGAUGGAUGUAACCCAUAUCCCAUCUUUUGGAAAACAAGCUUAUGUCCAUGUUUCUAUUGACACUUUUUCUGGUUUUAUUUUUGCAUCUCCUCGUACAGGAGAAGCUGUUAAACAUGUUAUUACUCACUGUUUACAAGCUUUUACUUUCCUAGGUAUCCCCCAUACCAUUAAAACUGACAAUGGUCCAGCUUACACAAGUAUAGCAUUCCAGAAGUUUUGUAUUACUUUUCAAAUCCAGCAUAAAACAGGUAUCCCAUACAAUCCUCAAGGGCAGGGAAUAGUUAAACGAGCUCAUCAGACUUUAAAAAGACAAAUUGAAAAAAUAAGGAAGGGGGAGUAUGUAGAUACCCCUGCUAAUAUACUUAACAGAGCUCUUUAUCCCCUUAAUUUUUUAAAUAGUGAAGCUCAAGGUAAAACUGCUGCGGAACGACAGUGGUCCUCACUGUCCAGUUCCCGCCCUCGGGUACAAUGGAAGGACUUACUGACAGGACAAUGGCAUGGCCCCGACCCUGUUCUGAUAUGGGCGCGGGGGUCUGUUUGUGUAUUUCCUGAAGGGGACUCUGAGCCCCGUUGGAUCCCCAGCCGCUUUGUCUGGCCCUUCCAAGGUCAAGAUAGAGGACAAAGUAGAACAAGAACUCACUCCACCAUUCAAGAGACUACGGGUCAGCCCACUAGCGCCCGUGCAGCCACCGCCGCCACAGAGAGCACGGAUGACUCGGAGGACAUCUCCACCAACCUGGGGACAGUUGAAGAAGCUGACAGCGGAGGCCAAGGCCAUGGUCAAUCGCCAAGGAGCACAACGAACUGCUGAGACUUUGUUUCUUGCCAUGCUGUCAAUUCUGGCUGUUCAGGAUGUGAACUUUGAGGACGUGGCCAUUGCCUUCUCUCAGGAGGAGUGGGGGCUCCUUGAUGAGGCUCAGAGACUUCUCUACUGCGAGGUGAUGCUGGAAGUGUUUGCACUUGUGUCAUCUGUAGGUUGUUGGCAUAAAAUGGAUGAUGAGGUGGUCUGUUCUGAUGAGAGUGUAUCUAUACAAGGAGAGUCACAGGACAGGGCUUCUAAGACAGCUCUAGCCACCCAGAAGACCCUUCUCUCUUCAAUCGGGGAGCUAAAAGCCAAAAGACAGUGACUGACAGGGGCCAGCACCUCAGUACCUAACAGGAAGCCCAGGAUUAGCAGACAGAACAGAAGAGUGGGAUCCUCCACCAGCAGCCAUGGGGCACUAAAACUCAGCUGAUGUGAAUGA